CACCACCAGCUUCUCUCCAAGAAAUGUACAACUCUCCAUUUAUAUCUCUGCUGUUUAUAUUUCUACAACCACCUAGCAAGUACUUCAACAUAUCUUGCUUGUGCAGAACCAUGUCUCUGUUAAAUGGCAAUGGCACUGCUGCUCCUAAGCAAACAUCGACCAAGCGUGUUCCAACGCCAGGAAAGGCCACAAUAUUAGCUACAGGAAAAUCGUUUCCCAGCCAGAUUAUUCCACAGGAAUUUUUAGUCGAGGGGUUCUGCCGCGAUACAAAAUGUGAAGAUUUGGCUAUUAAAGAGAAAUUGGAACGUUUGUGUAAAACUACAACUGUGAAAACAAGAUACACAGUUAUGUGCAAGGAGAUCUUAGACCAGUAUCCAGAGCUAGCAACUGAAGGUGUCCCGACAAUCAGACAACGCCUAGAAAUAGCGAAUCCAGCAGUUGUAGAGAUGGCGAAAGAAGCAAGCCUGGCUUGCAUUAAAGAAUGGGGAAGACCGGCUGGAGAUAUCACUCACAUUGUGUAUGUUUCUUCAAGUGAGAUACGCUUACCUGGUGGCGAUCUGUACCUUUCUAGUGAACUUGGUUUAAGAAGCGAUGUUGGACGUGUUAUGCUUUACUUUCUUGGCUGCUAUGGUGGUGUUACUGGCCUCAGGGUUGCUAAGGACAUUGCUGAAAACAACCCAGGAAGCCGUGUUUUAUUAACCACAUCUGAAACUACAAUACUAGGUUUCCGUCCUCCUAACAAGGAUCGUCCAUAUGACCUUGUCGGAGCUGCUCUGUUUGGAGAUGGUGCUGCUGCUGUGAUUAUUGGAACAGAUCCAAUAGAGCGCGUGGAGUCCCCUUUCAUGGAACUAAACUAUGCAGUACAGCAGUUUUUGCCCGGGACACAACACGUGAUUGAUGGCAGGCUUUCAGAAGAGGGGAUAAACUUCAAGCUCGGUAGAGACCUUCCACAAAAAAUAGAGGACAACAUUGAAUUGUUCUGCAAGAAACUCAUGGCAAAGGAAGGCCUAAAAAACUUCAAUGAUCUGUUUUGGGCAGUUCAUCCCGGGGGCCCUGCUAUACUUAACCGAUUAGAGAGUAAUCUUGGACUAAAAAGCUGCAAACUCGAAUGCAGCAGAAAGGCCCUGAUGGACUUCGGAAAUGUUAGCAGCAAUACCAUCUUUUAUGUGAUCGAAUACAUGAGGGAGGAGCUGAAACGAGCCGAUGGAGAAGAAUGGGGACUUGCUUUAGCAUUUGGACCGGGAAUUACAUUUGAAGGCAUCCUUAUGCGUAGCCUCUAAGUAUCAGAAGCUCUUAAGUACUCAAAUUGCUGCAGUAUUUGACAUAAAAUUGUUCUAAGUUGUGUUUGGUUACUUUCACUGGGAGACGGUAACUGAUAAGUUAUGGUCUGCUGCAAUAUAUAUGAUUAACUUUUCUGCUAGUA